GUGUCUGGGAGGGGUGCGGAUCUAAGGAUUGCCCCUGGCCCUGGCUCCCGACCACCUUAGUUUUCCGGGAAAGACUGGUGAAGGCCCGGAAGACGCCGCCCUCCAAGUCAGACCUGCGUGUCUUUCUCCCUUUGCCAGCCACGCCCCCCGGGGACUGCAGUGAGUUCAGCCUUUUUUUUCCUCCCGGGAUCCCAAGCGGUUCUGGUGUAAGGAAAGAUCUUACAUCAAAGAAGACUAUUUUUGUAGACAUUUUCAUUUUCUUCAGAACAAUAAAUUCUAGUAUGGAGACCUAGAAUUCUUAAAGGGACAUGGUCUAAACCCUGGGAGGUAGUUUUGUGCUUGAAUAUAUAUUUAUAUAUAUGAAUAACAAAAGCUUAUUUAGAAGGAUUUUUUCAGAGUUAAUGAUGCAUUACAUACCUAUAUAAUAAUUUUUUUUGUAUGGCAACAAUUUUUAAGUAUAUAGAAAAAUACUGUAAAAUUUUUCUAACUGUUUGUGACCUGAUAUAUAUAUAUAUAUAUAUGUAUAUAUAUAUAUCCUUUGGUAAAAGUGAUAGCUCUUCUAUAUAUGUGGUCCCCAGAUGAACAUUCUGUAGUUUUAUUUUAUAAACACAAAGAAAAGCUUCUGUUCUAGAAAUUAAACACCUUUUUGAAGUUCGUAGAAAAAUUUAAUAAUGUAGGAAAAGUGUAACAUCAGGUAGUUCUAAAUUGUAGAAAAUUUGAGUACCAGUUAUAGUGAAAUAGAAUACUUAACAAAUACUGCAAAAACACUGGAUGAAUCAGCAAUAUUUUAUUUCAAAACAGAAAAAUCACUAUUUGUAUACAGUUUAGCAAGUGAUAAAAUUUAGAAGGAAAGCAAAAUUUGGUCAUAUGAACCCAUAUCCAUCUUUAUUUACUAUACAAGUUUAUGUGUGUUGAGCUUUGAAAGUAAAGAAUGCCAGAUUUUAAAGCAAUCCAAUAACUUUUCAAGCAUGGCUUCAAUUUAGCAAUAUAGUUUAAAAUGUUUCUAAAACUUUAAAGUUGAUUUCAAGUAUGUAAGACAUUUUUGGUCUCUUGUAAAAUGCCUCUAGGAAAAUAAAGUUAAAUAGAAUGUAAAGCAUUUUUUUUCCUCUUCUGUAAUAUAGUAUACACAUUGACAUUUCUGUCAUCAUUAAAUCAGGUUUAGUUAAUUUGAAUUUUCUGUACUAUUUAAAGUUUUGAAUAUAGAAAUGCUCAUAUGUAUAUUUACAUAAAUGUGGGUUUAAGAUAUAAAAGUGCAUCAGCUUUCAUUCCAUUGAGACAGCAUUGUAAUAAAUAAGCAACAGGAUGAUGAAGUAGAUCCUAUAAGCCUGAAAGAGUUAAUUAAAUUUAAAAUACAAUACUAAAUAUCAUUCAGGUGACUUGGGAAAAUUACUCUACUUUUUACAAAAGUCAUUUGAUGUAAUUUUAAUGCUAGACAUCCAAUAACACAAAACUUACUCAAAUUUUUUUUAGUGUAAAAAGAUGAAAAAAAUUAUUUUUAUGUUUUUAGCAAAAUAUGAAACUAAUGUUAUAAACCCACGCACAAAACUACCUCCCAGAGAAAGACUUGUCCCAUUUUGUUCCCAAAAUACUCAAUUAUGAAUGCGGUAGAAGAUGGUGUGUUGUUAUCACGUUUGAUGAAUAGUGAUGCAAAUGAAAUGAAAUAUGAUUUGUCAUGUGAACUCUACAGAAUGUCUACAUAUUCUACUUUUCCAGUCAAUGUUCCAAUCUCAGAAAGGAGUCUUGCUCGAGCUGGAUUUUAUUACACUGGUGUGAAUGACAGAGUUAAAUGUUUCUGUUGUGGCUUAAUGCUGGAUAAUUGGAAACAAGGAGACAAUGCCAUUGACAAACAUAAACAGCUUUAUCCCAGCUGUGCAUUUAUUCAGAAUUUGAUUGCAGUUAACCUGGGAUCUUCUCAGUCCACAUUUUCUUCUUCAUUGAAUAAUGCCACACGUUCAUUAUCUUCCAGUUCAGGACAGAGUGGAUAUUUCAGUGGUUCUUAUUGCAGUUUCCCACUGGAGCCAGUGACUUCCAGAGCAGUUGAGGACUUGUCCCCUUUGAAUGCCAGCCCCUACAGUUAUUCAAUGAGUACUGAGGAUGCCAGAAUUCUAACUUAUCAGACAUGGCCAUUGACAUUUCUGUCACCAUUAGAUCUGGCAAGAGCUGGUUUUUACUACAUAGGACCUGGAGACAUGGUAGCUUGCUUUGCUUGUGGUGGGAAACUGAGUAAUUGGGAGCCAAAAGAUGAUGCCAUGUCAGAACAUCGAAGACAUUUUCCUAACUGUCCUUUCCUGGAGAAUCACAUCCAAGAAACAUCAAGGUUCAGUGUUUCCAAUCUGAGCAUGCAAACCCAUGUAGCCCGUAUGAAAACCUUUGUGACCUGGCCACCUCAAAUUCCAGUUCAUCCAGAGCAGCUUGCAAGUGCUGGCUUUUAUUAUGUGGGUCGAAAUGAUGAUGUCAAAUGCUUUUGCUGUGAUGGUGGACUGAGGUGUUGGGAAUCAGGAGAUGAUCCUUGGGUGGAACAUGCCAAAUGGUUUCCAAGGUGUGAAUACUUGAUACGAAUGAAAGGACAAGAGUUUGUUGAUCAAGUUCAAGCUAGGUACCCUCAUCUUCUUGAACAGCUGUUGUCAACUUCUGAUGCUCCAGGGGAUGAAAGUGCUGAUCUACCAAUUAUUCAUUUUGGACCUGGAGAAAAUAAUUCUGACGAUACAGUCAUGAUGAACACUCCAGUGAUUAAAGCUGCUUUGGAAAUGGGCUUUAGUAGAAGUCUAGUAAAGCAGAUUGUCCAGAGUAAAAUCUUAACAACUGGAGAAAACUAUAAAACAGUCAAUGAAGUUGUAUCGGAUCUCCUCAAUGCAGAAGAUGAAAAAAGGAAGGAAGAGAAAGAGAGACAAGCUGAAGAAAUGGCAUCAGAUGACCUGACAUUAAUUCGGAAGAAUAGAAUGGCUCUGUUUCAGCAUUUGACCUGUGUACUUCCUAUCCUGGAUAGUCUUUUAACAUCGGGUGUGAUUAAUGAGCAGGAACAUGAUGUUAUUAAACAAAAAACACAGACGUCUCUACAAGCAAGAGAACUGAUUGAUACCAUUUUAGUCAAAGGAAAUGCUGCAGCCAAUAUUUUUAAAAACUGUCUCAAAGAAAUUGAUUCUGUGUUGUAUAACAAUUUAUUUGUGGAAAAGAACAUGAAGUAUAUUCCAACAGAAGAUGUUUCAGGUCUUCCUAUGGAAGAACAGCUUAGGAGAUUACAGGAAGAAAGAACAUGUAAAGUUUGUAUGGACAAAGAAGUUUCUAUUGUUUUUAUUCCUUGUGGUCAUCUGGUAGUAUGUAAAGAAUGUGCACCUUCUCUAAGAAAAUGCCCCAUUUGCAGGGGCAUAAUCAAAGGUACAGUUCGUACAUUUCUUUCAUGAAAAGAAUCCAUAUAUGCAAAUUUGCAUGAAGCAGACUUCAAAAAUGAUCAGUCUGAAACCUUUGGAAGAAAGAAAAGUGUUUCAAGGCUUUUUUGUCGUAAAUUAACAAAUAUAACUCUGCCUUGAUAUCAGUUACUUGAUUUUCUUAAAGUAUCUGGUGUUCAUAUACUAUUGUCAUAAUUCCUUGAAAGUUUGUGUGUUUUGUGUAUGUUUAUGUGCUUGAUUUCAUGUUGGAAAAGUAGAAUAAAGCUUAAGUUCUUGAAAGGAUAACAUAUAGACAUAUUGCUUUUAUGCAGCAUUUUUGGAUUAUUGAACUCGAUUAGCUUACUAGAACAUUUGAAUACUACAUAAGUAUAGUCAUAGAUAUGGGAACCAUGAGCCCCCAAAUUUGUCAUAAUUCCAGAGCUAUUUUGUUGUAAAAUAGAGACUGUCUAAUUAGCUGGGGUGAAAAUUUUCCCAACUAUGACGAACGGAUUAAUAGCAAAAUGUUUAAGAGAGAGACUUAAUCUAAAUGUUUGGCUCAGUUGAAUAUAUUUGAAUAUAUAUAUGUAUGUAUAUAUACACAUAUUUAUAUAUGUGUAUAUAUACAUAUGUUUGUAUAUUGAGUAAUGUAUUAUUGUCUUUAAAGAGAUUUCAGAUUACAUCUCAUUAUCUCAAAAUUUUUUAAACAAAUGAAUCUCAAUUUAGGACAGAUAAAAUUAAAAUCAACUUUUUGCAUUAUAAUAAUGUGAUUUACAAAAGGGUUUCUUUAGUGAUCUGUAUUAUGUGUAAAAUGAUUCUGUUUCAGGAACAUAGCUAUUGUAUGUUUGUUGUAAAAAACUGAAUAAUGCUGAUGUGGUAGGAUGAUAAUACCACAUUCUUUAUAAGCUAAUUAUAUUUGUUUUGUAAAACUUAGGUAAUUAUGUCUCUUUUUGUAAUGUGUAUCUACUGUAAUUAUUUGUUUUUAUGUAUUCUUUGUAUUGUGUUAUGAUAUGCAUUUAGUGUGAAGUUAUCUACAACUAUCUGGUUGUCAUCUUUGUUUCCUACAAUGCUUUGCAUGUUGUAGUCAAUAAAUAUUUGUUAAUUAACGAAUAAAUAAAUGCAGUGAAACAGGUAGUCCUGUGCUUUGAUUGCAGAGUUGUCAGUGUAGAAGUGUUCUUAUGUAUCUGGGUUCUCUCUGAUAGUUCUUUUCAUAUUGUAAGAAAAUUACAAUUAAAUGAUAUAAUUAAUCUUGAA